UGCGCUUAGACUCCAUGUUGCAAGAGCCGGGGGACGGCAGCACCAUCCACUGUCCCAGCCUGCGGGACGAGCUGGAGGCCAGGCCCUCCCCAUUCAUCACACACAACUACUUCGGCGGCGGCUUCGUGUCAGAUGAUGAUCGUGUGUGCCUGCAAUCCAUCAAGUUCGCCACUGAGCGGUCGGCCGGCAGCAAGAGCCAGAACAACCUGGCGGCGCUGCGCCCCAUUCGCAUCUCCGAAAACGCCCGCGCCGACACCACCCUCACCCUGCCCGACCACGCCAUUCGCUCGGGGCCGCGCGAGACCAUCUACCACAACCCCAAGGACACCCACGUGGCGAUCUGCACCGUGGGCGGCAUCUGCCCAGGCCUCAACGACGUCGUGCGCAGCCUGGUGCACAAGGCUCUUGACUACGGCGUGCCAGAGAGCAACGUGUUGGGCAUCCGGUUUGGCUUCCGCGGCUUUUACGACCGGGACCACAAGCCUGUGGUGCUGACGCGCAGGAUGGUAGAGGAGAUCCACCUGGAGGGAGGCACCAUCCUGGGCACCUCCCGUGGCCUGCCAAACGUAGCGGGGAUUGUGAAGCGGCUAGACCUCUGGAAAAUUGACAUCCUGUUUGUGGUGGGCGGCCGCGGCGGCAACGCGGCAGCCGAGUCGAUCCACCGCGAGUGCCGCUCCAAAAAGGUUCCCUGCUGCGUGGUGGCGGUUCCCAAGAGCAUCGACAACGACUUGCUGCUCAUCGACAAGACCUUUGGGUUUGAGACCGCUGUGGAGGAGGCGCAGAAGGCAAUCCUGGCGGCCAAAGUGGAGGCUAGCAGCGCAUAUCGUGGGAUCGGGCUGGUCAAGCUGAUGGGGCGGCAGUCGGGCUUCAUCACAGCCUCUCUGGCGGCGGGCAUUGUGGAUGCGGUGCUCAUCCCCGAGGUGCAGUUCACUCUGGAGGGGGAGAAGGGGCUGUUUGCCUAUCUGGAGAACAUCAUCGAGACCAAGGGGCACUGCGUGCUGUGCGUGGCGGAGGGUGCAGGCCAGGAAAUGGUUGACUGCCUGGGAGAGCAGGCCAUGGACAUCACCGGGCGGCCCAUCCUCAAAGAUGUCGGCCUCUGGCUCAAGCGCAAGAUGAAGGCUUACUUCAAGGAUUGCGACAUUAAGUACAUCGAGCCAACCACCAUGAUCAGGCGAGAAGCGUCGAUCCCCACCACGGCGGGGGACCGUGUGUACUGCAAGAUGCUGGCACAUGGGGCCGUACACGCCGCCUUCGCAGGCUACACCGGCAUCACUGUGGGCCUUGUCAACACCCACUAUUGCUACCUCCCCAUCCCGCUCAUCAUCCAGGCGCCCCGCAAGGUGGACCCCACAGGGGAGCUGUGGAACAGGCUGCGCUCAUCCAUCGGCCAGCCCGUGUUCGAGUGAUGGGCCUGGACCCACUGAUGCGACUCUGCCCCAUUGAUGCCCCACCGACCAAGCAUCAGCUCAUACCCCCACCUUUUCUUCAAGAAUGAACUCGCUUAGCACCUUUACUGCUUGCUUUCCCUUGCGAAUGAUGUAUUGCCGUCUUCCAUGCUACUGCCGGCUAAUUUUGCGCCCCUCUGCUCCCUCCGCACGUGUUCCAUGGGAUGGGCGGCUUCGCCUUUUUUUUGUUCUUGCGAUUCAGUUCCUCUCCUUUCGGUAUUUGUCUCGUCCUACAUUGUAAUUAAGCGUACGUGUGC